UCAUGGAGUCCACGUGGUGCAUUUACGCAACAGACCUCGACUUCUCCACGUGGUCGAGGUAUGACAGGGCGUGGUGGCUUGAUCUCACCACGUAUGAACAUAUCUCCAGGUACGGGGCUACUGCAACGACGUCCAUCGGUACCCGGAAGCAGUCCGCACAUGUCCAGCCCAUCGUCAUCAUCGUAUUUAGCAGCCAGUAAAGGACUUCCACCACCGGUGAAGAAUGUGGAACAGAUGAGCUCCGAUUCGAGCAGUAGCUCAAGCAGCGAUGAGGGUAGCCCUUCCUAA